UAAGGAAGUCACAGUGGGAAUAUCCCGGCCGCUCCAGUAGCUCCGACCUCCAGCUAAGGCAACAACAAGCGGAGCUGAAGGAACCCUCCGUCCCAGUGAUCACUGGACAACGGCCGCCAUGCAAUACCAGCACCCCAGCUCCUCCGCCAUGAGUGUGAACCUACCGCUUUACGCACCGACCCCGAUGCAAGCGGUGCAUCCAACCCCAUUCUACAUCGACGACAUUUUGGGGCGCAGUGGAACUCCGCACACGACCCCAGUGACGCCUGGACCGGCUCUGCCCUCCCCAAAUUCCUCCUUCACCAGCAUAGCUUCUCCGUACCGGACUCCGAUCUACGAACCGACUCCAAUCCACCCCGCCUUUCACCAUCCAGCCCUGACACCGUACGGCAGCGGCGCCUUCUCCGCACCCUUGUACCCCUUUGCCAGGACAGUUAACGACUACACUCAUGCAUUCCUCAGACAGGACACCCUGGGAAAACCGUUGAUAUGGAGCCAUUUUAUUCAAAGGCCGCCGCACAAAAGAAAAGGAGGACAAGUUCGAUUCUCGAACGACCAGACCAUUGAACUAGAAAAGAAAUUUGAGACUCAGAAGUAUCUAUCGCCACCUGAACGCAAAAGACUCGCAAAAAUGUUGCAACUCAGUGAGCGGCAGGUGAAGACUUGGUUUCAGAAUCGCAGAGCUAAAUGGCGGCGAUUGAAGCAGGAAAAUCCUCAAGGAAGCAAAAGAGAAGAAUCAGACAAUUCGGACCAGUCCGGCGAAAGCCAAUGUGAGAAGAGCCGGGAAAGGCGCUUGAGUCUCGAUCAGAAUAAAGCAGUUAUACUAAACGGGUCACACUGCCCGACACCCCCAUCAUUUCGGCAAAAUGAAUCGGAAGUGUCAGACGACAGUGAAGAAGAGGUGGAUAUCGAUGACGAUAGGAGUACUUAUUCUGCAAAUGCACAAUAAAGCAUAUAGGGACUUAACUCGGUUGGAGAAUGGAAGGAUAGCGGUUUAUCCUUGCACUUUACUGGGAACCGGACUGGUAGGUAGGAUCUAUUUCUAAAACCACAAGAAUGUAAAAGGUGCGAUGCCCAGAACCUUUCGAUGAAUGGCCCAAUAUAGUAUCGGCCUUUAAUCGCAAUUGAAUGAAGGGUUGUGUUUAACUCAAAAUAGCACGCUGUUAUAUUUGUGUACAGGACAUAAUUUUUGAAAUUAGAAUAUUUUAAUACUUGUGUAUAGAACGUGCUUUUGUCGUAAUAUUUCAUUUUAUAAGAAAUUUGUGAGAAUACACGAAGAGUCGGGUAAUUUAUACAACCACACAAGGCUAUGCAUCCUUGUAUACUACUGGUAGCUUUCAGUACAUCUUCGUCUGUGGUUAUAUACCUCAUAUCCCCAAAGUAUUGUAUAGAUUAUGAUGUAAAUACAUGUUUGGUUGAAAGGCUCUCUUUAAUAAAUGCAGAA